GUUGCACAGCGCACCCCGCUGGUAGAAGAGAUGAUAGCGCUGUGCACCACAGCGCCCCCGCUGGAAGGAAGUGGUAACACUGCGCACCACAGCAUUAACCCGCAACCCCGGUAGGAAGUGGUCAUAUGCCGGAAUCAAGGAUUGCACGUUUUGUUGACAGUGUUUAGUAUGUGUUGGACGUUUGGAAGUGAAACCUUUUGAAAUGCAGUGUGACAGAGGAGGAAAUAGGAGAAGAGGAUGUCGAGGUGGAGAGGACAGAGAUGUGCGCCUGUCAAAGGCCAUGUCCUAUGCUCUGCGGCACGGAGCCGCCCAGAUGGGACUCCACCUGAACUCAGAUGGCUUCCUAUGCGUGGAAGACCUCCUGCGUCACCCCCAGUUCCACUCCUACACAUUGGACGACGUGGAGAGAGUUGUGGCCAUCGAUGAAAAGAAGCGCUACAAGCUCUGUCCCCACCCAGAGAACGGCCGUCUGCAGAUACGAGCCAAUCAGGGCCACUCGUUACAGGUGAAAGACCUGGAGCUGAGGCCGGUCCUGGCCGGCGCGGCAGACUGCCCCAGCGAGGCGGUCCACGGGUCCUACCUGAGCAAGUGGAGCUCCAUCCAGCAGCACGGCCUGAGCCGCAUGAAGCGCACCCACCUCCACCUGGCCCUUGGGCCCCCAGGGGAACAGGGCGUCACCAGUGGCAUGAGGGCUAAUUGUGACCUGGCCCUGUUCAUCAACGUCCCAAAAGCUCUGGCCGACGGUAUCCAAUUCUUCUGGUCAGAGAACGGAGUGCUACUGACCCCAGGGGACGCAGAGGGAAGACUCCUGCCCAAGUACUUCAGCCGGGCCCUCCAGCUGAGGCCCACGAGAAGCGUCUUGCCCCUGCACUAGUCUGGGCGACGAAUACCAGGAGGCUGGUGGAGGUCGCAGUAUGCAGCCGACCCCGUCUGAAGACGGCAGCAGGCUCCGUCGGCUCUUUGCUCCAUAGAAAUUAUAAAAAACGAAAUGAUAAUGGAAUAUGGAUUUCCUGCUGACAAAUGUACUUAUUGUAAGUCGCUUUGGAUAAAGGUGUCAGCUAAAUGCCCUGAAUGUAAAUGGACAAUAGAUAAUGGAACAUGGCAAGAAUUAAAUUACGUAAGAGGU